GCCUUUUUGUUCCACACACAGGUAGAGGAGGAAGAUGUCGCAGCCCAUGGCCAUGAGCCUGCUGGAGGACUGGUGCAGGGGCAUGGGACUGGACAUCCACAGGUCCCUGAUGGUUAUCGGCAUCCCUGAGCACUGUGGCCAUGCAGAAAUUGAGGAGACGUUGAACAGGGUUCUCUUGCCGUUGGGCACAUACCGUGUGCUCAACAAGAUGUUUCUGAGGCAAGAGCAGGUCAAGGCUGCGCUCGUCGAGGUUAGUGAGGGUGUAAACCUGAGCUCCGUACCUCGCGAGUUCCCGGGGAGGGGCGGUGUCUGGAGAGUGGUCUGCAGAGACCCCACCCAGGACGCUGAGUUUUUGAAAAGUCUGAACGAAUUUUUGGACGCCGAAGGACGCACUUGGGAGGAUGUGGUGCGCCUCUUGCUCCUUAACCACCACCCACCACUCCCAAACCCAAACCAGCCUCCACCACACUGGGCGGAAACCUUGGGGUUGCUCCUGGGAGCGGUGCUAUGGGUCAUCUUCUACAUGGAUGCUGAAAUCCGUAAUCGAGAGGAGGAAGCGAGGGCCGAGGGGCCCGCUGAGGGGACUUGGGCCUCAACAGAGAGGAGGUGGGUAAAGAAAGAACCUGGCCUGGGCAUAGAGGUGGCUUCGCCUUUCAAGACAGAGGACCGAAACUAUUGGAGGGACACAGAGGACCGUCGUGACCCUCCAAAAGCUCUAGUUCGUAGGCCUGAAGGUAAGAUUCGCUCCAGGAGGAGGAAGCAGAAAAAAAAUCCUAAGCAAGAACCAAUAGGCUGGGGAAAACCCCAAAGCAACAAUUACAACAUUAAGGGUUCUCUGGAAGCCGCUGGCGCCGUGGCUGCCCAAAGCUCAGAGAUCCCAGAAUGUUCCAAGAGCAACACAAACCACUUCGUGAAGCAGGAGGAGACAGUUUGGAAGAAGAAACGCGUCUGGAAGGAUCCCAGGACUCUCCCUCGUAUUCCGCUGCCCACAGCUGAGAGCCCCGGGAAUUCAGAAGACUCAGAUCAACGAGGUGGUCCUGAGAGCCCCCCAAAGAAGAAGAAAGUCAUGGCCUGGCCCUCAAACAAGAUCCCUGGCCCCACGAGGAAGAAGAAGAUGAGGUGCCUGGGUGCUCUCUCCUAUCUUCUGGUUGAUUCUGAAGCCACCAAGAGAAAACCGGUGCUUCUCAAGAAGGGGCCCGGCUCAAGGGCUCUGUCGGCUCAGAGGGCUCCUCAGGGGACGCAACCUGCUGAUGUAGCGGCUUCAAUGCCCAGGGCUCAGAAGACCAAGCCAGGAGGCUUGCCUUGUGUCUCCAAAGGUGAGUGA